AUGGAUUUGAGUGACAAAAUCAUGAUCGUAUCACUUGAUUUACACAGUGGUAAACAAAACACGACUUUAAUGAACAUCAAAACACUGGUGGAACAAUCAACACGUCUUGAUUACGACGAAAUCAAAACAGAAAAGAAACUUGGUGAAGGCUUGUUUGGAAUUGUCUACAAAGUAACUUACAGAGGAAAUGUUGUUGCAAUCAAGAAGAUGAAACAAGUUGACAACUCAAAUAAUGAAAAUCCAGUUGAUGAAUUUACCAAAGAAGUUGAAAUGUUCGACAAAUUUAGAAGUGAGUACAUUGUUCACUUAUAUGACGCCGUGUUCACUCCAAACAAAGUGUGUAGGUCACUGAGUUUGCACAUUAUGGAAGUUGUCAGGACUUGA